AUGAAGUUCCUCCCGUGCUGCGCCUGCGACCGCCGCCGCUCCUCCCGGCGCUCCGCCGCCCUCCUCCCGCCGCCGCUGCUGCUGCUGCUGCUGCUGCCGCGGGCCGCCGCCGCCCCGCUGCCCGCCGCCGACUCCUCGGGGGAGGCCGAGCUGGAGGAGCCGGCGGCGCGCCGGGCACCCCUGCCCGCCAGCCUGGGGCUGGCCCGGCUGCUGCGCGCCAGGGCGGCCGAGCUGCAGCUGGAGCUAUGCAACAAGUUCACUGUAUGCGAGAACAGCAUGGAAAUGCUCAUGCAGAACGACCUCAACCUCCCCCAGGUGACAGAAGACGACGGGUGUCUGCUCGACGGCUUCAAUGAGGAUAAAUGCUUAAGGAAAAUCUCCAGUGGGCUUUAUACAUUUCGGACAUACCUUGAAUACGUAAAAGAAACUUUUACUAGUGAAAAGCAACACGUUGAUUCCCUGUGCAAUAGCACAGAGCGUCUGGCACAUAUCAUAAGACAGAUGGUGAUCAACCCCGAUGAAGUGAUCAUCCCAGACUCGGCUACCCAGGAAUCCCUCCACAAAAAGCUGAAGUCCAACAAGAAAUGGAUAGAGAAAAUCACCAUCCACCUCAUCCUCCGAGACUUUACUUCAUUUAUGGAGAAAACUAUGAGGGCUGUUCGCUAUUUGAAACACACCAGGAGUUUCAGUGUCUGA